UUACACCAACGCAGCACGCUAAAUACAAAAAAAGGUAGUACAAAAGAAAAGAAAAGAAAAAGAGCAGCGCAUAGCCCUCUCCAGAUCCAGCGUCGAGAGGUCGCCGCCGUCUGCCCUAGUACCGGCCGCCGACGCCUCAGUCCCGGCCGCCCCUGCCGCGCGUGGCCGGCCGCCGCCGUCCCCCCCGAUUCACCAACACCAACACCAGCACCCACAGCCUUUGGCUUGAAGGGAGUCAGGUGCGGAUUUCAUUAAUCUCGUCCGCAGACCAGAUGUGCCCUCAGUUGUCUCCAGAUGAGAAGCUUGCUUCUGAAGAAAGCCUCAAGUUGUACUGCAGACCAAUUGAGUGGUACAAUAUUAUUCAACAUCGAGCUGCUAAAAAUCCCACUUUCCUGCAAAGAUGCCUUGAUUACAUGAUAGAAGCAAGACGAAAAAAGAGGAUUCAAUUAACUGUAUCACUCUCUCGAGGUACAAAUACUGCAUGUCGAGAACAGAAUAUCUUCCCUCUUUAUGUUCUGUUAGCUACACCUACUAGUAACCUUUCACUUGAAGAGCACCCUCCCAUAUAUCGAUUCAGUCGGGCCUAUUUUCUUACAUCUUUUGGUGGAUUUGGUAGUAAAGAUCACACCAAAGCUACAUUUGUAAUUCCAGACAUCGAGAAUUUAGCAUCCUCCAGAGCUUCCAACCUUAACAUUAUCAUUAUCAGCCGUGGACAAGUUGGAGAAGAUAUUGGUGAAAACAACUGCACCGGGGGCCAUUUGGAACGAUCUGCUCUCCAAAAACUUGAAGGGAAAUGUUUCUGGGGUAAUAUAUCAAUUAAUUUACUUCGUUUGUCAUUGGAGAAUCAUGCGUCAACUUUAAAUUUGGGACAUACCAUGAAGUUAACUUCUACGGUUGAAAUGAGACCAAGUUUCUUAGAGAAAAAAUUUCUUGAGCAAGACAAUUGCUUGACAUUUUGCUCUCACAAGGUUGAUGUUACGGGUUCAUAUAAACUCCAAGUUGGCAUAUCUGCUCAAGAGGCUGGUGCAAGAGACAUCCGUGAAAAUCCAUAUAGUAGUUACUCAUACAGUGAUGUCCCAACUCCGUCAUUACCUCGUAUAGUAAGAUUAAGAGCUGGAAAUGUGCAUUUCAACUACAAGUAUUACAAAAAUACUAUGCAAAAGACUGAAGUCACUGAAGAUUUUGCUUGCCCCUUUUGCUUCGUAAAGUGUGGAAGCUACAAGAUAUCUGAAGAACGCCAGGCUGUUGAUGUUAGUCUGAAGGCUGAUGCAUGGAGAAUAGAGCUUGGGCCUGAGGGAGUUGAUCCAAUACAUCAAACAUUUUCCUACUGCUCAAGGUUUAAGACUAGAAGACUUACAGUUUCUCACUGUGGCAUAACUACAUUAAAUUGGUAACGCCAUAUUACAUUGAAAAAUGGUAACACCGAAAGAUAUUUCUGUGGAACGUGCUUCUGUUGAUCCUUCUCAAGCAUCACCGACAGUAUGAGGGAAUACAAGGAAGUUAUCUGUAGAGCGAGUUGAUCUCAGAAAGUAGCCACCCUUCUGUUUACAUUGCUGAUACACCAUCAGGGUUACUCGCCUACCGCUUUAGCCAUAUAAAAUUGACAAGACGAGGAUGAUUUUGAUCCGAUUACAACAGAAAUUGUUAAACCAAAUGUUUUUAUGUGUAUACUGUCCGGCAGCUAGCAACUCCUGCAGAAACGUCAGUCCCUGCACUCUCACAGGGCACAGAUUUGGCGCCCUACAAAUUUGGCUCAUGUCUUAUUUGCUUUCACUAGGAGAGUGAUUAUGUCUAUUGGACUUUCCAGCAUUGUGCUCAUCGUAUUCUGGUGAUGCCAAAUCAGUCUGAUGACAUGUUAGCAGUGGAGUCGAGCAGGCCAUACAAGUUCUAAACAGUGACUGUGCCUUGGUAUUUGGAAGGUUCAUAAGCUGCUCACUCUUUGACAGCUUGGACACUGGAGGAUCACUAAGAAGAAAACCACCUUAGUGAUAAAAAUGGUGUUGUCACUUCAGGAUAGCGUCUUUCAGUUCCUUCUCUCUCGGGUCAUACUCCCUGAAUCAGUCAACAAGAUCAUGGAUUUCUUCAUCCGAUUCAUCACAACUAACAAAAUAUGAUGAAUUCGAACCUUUACAGUCAAAACUGGAGAGGAUAGCUCUUAACCAUACUAAUGUCUCUCUCCCUGUGUAUUACCAUGACAUUAUUCUUCACAAUACUUCCUAGUUGUUGCACAUUUGGUUAUGUUUCAUCUUUAUUUAUUUAUUUUUGAUUCCCAUGCAACCAAUUCCCUAUUGAUAAUUAUUUCAAUUUCAGUUUUUGGCUAAACGACAACUUGGACACUGGAGAAUCCACUAAGAGAAAAACUACCUCGGUGAUAAAAAUGCCGUCGCCACUCCAGGAGCGAGGAAGUGGCUUCAACACAAGAUCUUAGAUAUACACACUAAUUGGGGGCACCAUAGGAGCUCCCACAUUAAUCCUAGGUAAAGUCAGAAAAAAGAGAUCUGCCCAUUUAAUUCAACGGACCAAUAGGUUAGAUUUAAUGAUGUUUGGGCAUCUCGUUCCUGAAACCGGCUCUGCUCCUUCCCAAGGAAACAUGGUUUCUCAAUUAUAAAAACACUCGUGUGUUCCCCUCCUUCUUUCUCCUGUGUACCCUCCUUCGACAUACUAGCUAGAUCGCGUCAUUCUCCACCAGGUUUCCUUCUCUGACCCGGCAGCCAGUGCAACAUGCUACCAGGUCUGAUUCCAAGUUUCCAACAGCUUAUGCCAACUAUGGUUGUGUUGUGCUGUGCCGCUGGCAGGCAACCAGGCCCCAUCGUCGGCUGGCCGGACAUGUCUGCUGAGUUCUCCACAUCAGAGAAAGGGGAAAGAUAAAACACGCCAAGGAACAGGUAUGCUGGUCGGUUAUUUGUCUAAGAUUGAUGGGUUACCUAUAUUGAUUGCAGAUUUUUGGGUGUUUCUCAUCUAACAGAAAUAUUGUGUGUAACUCGGGUGUAGAUACCUUCGAUAAUGCCACAUCUUUCUCAUAACUAUUAGUCCAGGUUGUACCACUCGGUGGAAGGUGAUGCAAGUUCAGCUGCAUAUGAACUAAUUGGUGCAUCAUAUAUGACACACACUCCUGCAGAAUAGCAUAUCAAUCCUACAGUGCAUACACACAAGACACAUUAUCACAUAUAUCUCUUCCUUUGUCCUGUAUCCUCACCCUCUGUAGUUCCUCCACUAUAUGAUCGUUGCUCUUUCAGGUCAAGCCCUUCUCGUGAAAUCCUCAGGUAUAUUUCCAUAUUAUUGCAAAUAAGGUAAACACAAGAAGCUAGAAAUAUUCAUUCUAAAAAAAUGCUAUCCAUCAUCUGGCUGUUUAUUUAAUCUGUUAACCCUGUGUGGCUGUAAUUUCUCUAUCUUUUUCCGCUCCAUUGUUAUAAACGUUUAGUCUACAAAAUGCUACAUUUGUUCAGUCUGCCACUUAAAGUGUUAAUGGGAAGUAACCAAGGUUUGUGCAAUGCAAAUCAGUAGCAUAAAGAAAGUUUCGAGAUUUGGUCCAAGCAAGGUAUAUUGUGAUGCAAGAGUGCUUGAUGUAUAUUAUUAUAUGCUUUGUUGCUUUCAAAUCAGGUUUAUUUACUUUGUGACAUACUAACUGGGAGAUGUUAAUGUUUUCGAUUAUUUAUUCGUAGUCAGUUAUACAACUCAUAGAUCAUAGCUCAGGGCUAAAAUUAAUAUGUUAAUAUUCUUGUGCUCAGUGAGAACCAGAAUAAAAGGAUGAAAAUCUAGGAAUACACCUUUCGAAUUACUGAAAAAGACUUUCACCCCGCUUUUAUAUAUAAAGCAAUGAUCAACAGCACCAGGUACAAACGCAGAACCCCACAACAGACGCAAACACACAUCCGAGGCAGGAUACAUAGGCACUGAGCGCAGCAACACCAUCCCUAGCACUACACGAAGAGGUGAAACUGCAUAUGGCGAACCGUGGGCUCCAAGGCGGCGCCUUCAGGAAGGGGACGACACGGAGCACCGCCACCGCCCGAUCCGAGGAUCAGAGUUUCCCCUGGAACAACACGACAGGCAAUGAGAGCCGUGACGACGCCUUCAAGAAGGGAACGAGCUUCGCUGCCUUCGGUCCGUCCGAAGAUAGAGCAGGUUUUCACCCCGGCCACCAUUCACCGCCACCGAACGCCACACCCCGGCCCCACGCCGCCGACACAACCGUGGCAACCGGGCAGCACCAAGCCACGGCCCUGCCCAUGAGUCCCACGGACCCACCACCAGGGCGCCCGCCCCGGCAUCCAAGACUUUGACACCCCCUCACGUGAGAUCCGAUGCUACCCCAACCAAAGACCCGAGCGGAAAGGACCCGCCUUUCGCACCCUUGGGCUGCCCCCAGUGCCGAGAACCAAUAGGCCAGCUAAAACUGACCUCCAUCGUCCCGUCCUGCGGCACCAGGCGCGAGACGGGCUCGGUCCUGCUGGCGGGCGCGAGACGAGCAUGGUCCUGCUGCCGGUCACAAGACAAGGUCAGUCCUGUUGUCGGGCGCGAGACGAGCUCGGUCCUGUUGCCGGGUGCGAGACGAGUGACGGACCGCAGCUGGGGGAGGGCUAACCAUUGACGAAGAUAGCGGGCGUAUGAGCGAGAAGAAUCAUCGGAGGUCAACACAGGCCGCACACCGACGGGCCGACACCGGAGAAGUCCAGCCACCGCCGUGAACGACCCAAACCACCGCCAUGAGCCACCACCACUCCGUGGCAGCCCACAUCCACGCGCGGGACCCCUAGGCGGAGCCCCGCACCGCCGUACCGACCUGCACCACUGGAAGAGGCCAGCCCAGCCAUAGACGCCCCUGCUCCGGCCACCUCCAGCACCCAAGGACUGCCGGAAACAACCGGACCAUGCCGCCUCAGCCCGAGCCGCCCGCGAGAACAGCCGGCCGGAGGAGCAGCCUGCCAAAUCUGGAUCGGACUACCACAGCCCCGACGCCGCCCACCCUGUGCAGGCACACUCCGCCGACCCCAGCAGCCCUCCACGCAUCGCUACCCGCCGCCACCAUCGUCUCGCCGCUGCGCAUACACCCAAGGCGACUGCCCGGCACUGGCCAGGCUUUGCCCGGCGGUGGCAGGGGGAGGAGGCUGGCGGUGGCCGGGUUGGGGUAGGGUUUCGCCCCCCGCCCCACGCUCGUGGGGCGGAAGCUGUAUGUAGUCAUCUUUCGAAUUGUACAGUGCAUUUCAUUACAAUGGG